CAACCAUCUGGUGAAAGCUUGCUUUCUUCCAAAAACAUAAAUUUUUUUUAGCAUUUGUCAAGCAUAAGCAUACUUUCAAUGGCUUCUUCAAGUUCACAAGCUCACAACAAGAACUACGUGUAUGAUGUGUUUCUUAGCUUCAGUGGUGAAGACACUCGCAAGACCUUCGUUGAUCAUCUUUAUGAUGCUCUUGAUCGACAUGGUAUUUGCACCUUCAAGGACGAUGAGAAACUCCAGAAAGGAAAAGAGAUAAAUGAUGAGCUCUUACAGUCUAUUCAAGACUCCAGAUGCUACAUAAUUGUGUUCUCCAAACGCUAUGCCUCUUCAUCAUGGUGCUUAAACGAGCUUUUGAAGAUCAUGGAGUGUCACAAGACAAAUGAGCAGACGGCUUUCCCCGUGUUCUACGAUGUGGAUCCCUCUGAUGUCCGAAAACAAACUGGAUCAGUUGGAGAAGCACUUACCGGACAUAAAAACAAGAGUGAAUCAGAGGUUGGAAAAUGGAGAGAGGCUCUUAAAGCAGCAGCCAAUUUGUCUGGAUGGGAUGUGAGGAAGACUGCUAAUGGGCAUGAAGCUCAAGUCAUUAAAUUAAUUGUUGAAAAGGUUUCACUCGAGUUAUGGCCCACUGAUAGUCAUAUUGAUGAGAAUUUAGUAGGCAUGGAACAAAGGAUGCAAGAUCUCAAUAGAAGUUUAGAGAUUGGUUCAAGUGAUAUCCGCAUGAUAGGCAUCAAGGGCAUGGGAGGCAUAGGGAAGACAACUCUAGCCCGUGCUAUUUUUGAUAAAAUAUCCAUUAAUUUUGAAGGUAAAAGUUUUGUUGAGAAUGUGAGGGAAAAGACCUCUAAGUUUGGUUUGGAGAAGUUGCAAGAACAAGUCCUUAGAGAUGUAUUAAAGGAUAAAUGCAUUUGUGUACAAGGUGUUCAUGACGGGAGAAAAUUAAUGAGAAAGAGGUUGCGUGGCACAAAAGUUCUUGUUGUUCUCGAUGAUGUGGAUCGUGAAGGGCAGCUUGAGGAAUUAGCUGGUGAUCCUAAUUGGUUCAAGCCGGGAAGUAGAAUUAUAAUUACAACUAGAGAUGAGCAGGUGCUCAACAUAUACAAAGAGAAGUGGAUCCAUGAUGUCAGUCUGUUAUCUACUGAGGAAGCGAUUCGCCUCUUUAGUAGGCAUGCAUUUAAGAAAAAUAUUCCAACUCAAGAGUAUCAAAAUCAAUCACGCGAAGUUGUACAUUAUGCUGCUGGUCUCCCCUUAUCAAUUAGAGUUUUGGGUUCACUUCUCCGUGAUAAAAAGACUUCUGAAUGGAACGAUGCACUAUCAAGACUCAAAAAAAUUCCGUCAAAGGAAACUCUUAAAGUAUUGGAACUAAGCUAUGAAAGCCUCGAGGAUGAUUACAAGGAAAUAUUUCUAGAUGUAGCAUGCUUCCUUAGACAUUGGGAGAAAGACAAUGCAAUAAGAAUGCUUGAAAGCUGUGGAUUUCACGCUACAAACGGUUUAAGAGUUCUUGAGCAAAAAUCUCUAAUCAAAAUUGUAGAAACGUUUGAAGAUGGAUUCAUAAGCAUGCAUGACCGUGUAAUAGAAAUGGGUGAGAAUAUGGUACGCCGUGAGCAUCCAGAUGAGCCUGGGAGACAUAGCCGAUUAUGGGUUCAAGAGGAAAUUGAAUGUGUCUUGGCUGAUAACUCGGGUAGUGAAGCAACAAGAUGUAUAGAUCUAGAAAUUACUCCUGGUAUUUCUUUGGAAGGUAUGGGAAACAUGAAGAAGCUUAGAUGCCUUGCUGUGAACUAUAUGAAGUACGAUUUUUUUUCUGACUGUGUGAAGAUUGACGAAGUUCUUCAGUACUUUCCAAACUCGUUACGGUACCUAUAUUGGAAUGAAUACCCUCAUUGGUGUUUACCCAAAACAUUUAAAGCAAACAAUCUUGUUGCACUUGAAAUGGAUAGUAGCAAAAUCAAACAACUUUGGGAAGGGGGAAAGAUUAUGAAAAAGCUCAAAUUCCUUGAUUUGAGUAAUUCAAAAGAGUUAAGGAGCCUUGACCUUGGGCUGACACCCAAUCUUGAGAGGUUACAUCUUGAAUGGUGUAUGAAAUUGGUAGCACUUGACGUGCACGGUGGAUGUCUAAAAAGCCUUGUCUAUCUAAACCUAUGUAAUUGCAAGAGUUUGAAGUCUAUAUCUUUUAUCGAGCAGUUGGAAUCACUUGGGUUUCUUGAUAUGGGUGGAUUAAAUCUGAAGGGAUUCCUGGAUUAUAUAAUCACAGGGCACUCUAGCAAUAGUUUGCUAGAGCUGAAUCUUUCAUAUAAUGAAGAUAUAGAAGAAGUACCCUCAUCAAUUGGAAAUCUUCAUAAGCUUGUCUCUCUACGUCUCUAUGGUUGCUCUAAUCUCAAGAGUCUUCCAGAGGACAACCUUGGCCAACUGGAAUGUUUAGAAUACCUUUCUUUAAGUAGUACAAAAAUUAAACAUCUCCCUGGUAGCAUUUGUAAGCUGAAACGUCUGAAAGCCCUAUUUCUUGGAGUAUGUGAUUAUCUUGAGAAGUUACCUGAGCAUAUUGGCCAACUAGAAUCUUUGGAGAAAUUAGAUCUAACAUUUUGCCAUAAUUUAAGAGAAAUUCCCAACAGUAUCUGUCAGUUGAAAUGCCUCAAACAGUUGGAUCUUUAUGGAAGUAAGAGGGUUGAAAAACUGCCAGAGGAACUAGGAAACUUAAAAUGUUUACAAUUAUUAGAUGUUCGGGAGACUGGCAUAACUCAACUUCCACAGAGCAUUUAUUCAGUGAAAGGUUUGAAAAUUGAGAGAUUAUUUACAUUGGAAGAAGAAGAAGUGGCAGAGGGCAAUUGAAGUCACAUUGGCUUCGCCUCUUCCCCAAUUAUCCUCCUAAUCUCGCAACGUUUUCCACAACCAUAUAUUCCAUCAAGUUCCUACCUACCCAAUCAAGAUGUAUGCUUCUUCACUAAUUACUCCAAAUUCUCAAUUUCGAUGACCCUAUUUGUUUUCGGGUUUACACAGAGUGAGGGAAGGAGGUAGGGUUUUUUAGAAGAAAUGUCGGAGGCCCUUGGCCAAUUGAUGAGCCAUUCGCUUCAUCAAGUUCUUAGGAAAUUAACAGAUAUUGAUGGAACUCUUUGCGACUCAGAUCCUCUCCAUAGGACUAACUAACUAUGCUUUCUAUGAUAUGCUCCAAGAGUGGUAUCAGAGCACCACGUUAAUCGAUCCAGGGAGCAAGAAAGAAAAAUCUCAGUGCAAGAUUACGAGCAAGAAACGAUAAUCGGGGUUUGCCGUUUGAAUCAGAGAACCGGGCGACGUGUUUCGAUUUCGUAAGUGCCUUUUUUUUAUUUAUUCGAACCGCAAUAAAGGAAUAUACGGUCAUCGGUUCUGUGUAAAAAAAAAAGAGUCAAAGUUGUUUUGAUUUGAUUCCAAUUAAUUUGUUGUUACUCAUUCAUUAAAGAAUUAUAAAACAAUAUCAAUAGUGUCUAUCUUAAUUGCAAGUUUGACUUUUUUUGCAAAGCCAUAUUGGAAUCACAAACAUAAAAAAAAGGGGGUUGUUGUCUCAAUUUUUUUAUGUAAAAUUCAAACGAUCAAGUUUUUGUAUGUUGAAAAAAGGGGAUCAUUAGCAUGUUUUUAAAGUAAGAAGUCAAUUUUUUGAAUCAUAAACGAUACGUAUAGCAAGAAAUCGAUCGGUUCUAGCAAGUUAAACCGAUUCUUGGUUCAAAUAGCAAGUUCCGGAUCGUUUGGUUCAAAAUAGCAAGAAACGACCAUUCUUGGUCAAAGCAAGAAAAAGCAAGUACAGCGGGUUGAUUAAAUUAAGUCCAAUUAGCAAGUUGGUUGGAUAUUUUUUUAUCACUCGAAAUAGCAAGUUAGCAAGAAUCUGAUCAGCAAGUCGGUCAGAACCUGAUUAGCAAGUGGGUCAGGGUACAUAAAAAAAACCUGAUUAGCAAGUCGGUCAGAAACGCAAGAACCUGGUUAGCAAGUUGGCCAGACGCAAGUACUAAGCAAGAUAGGCAAGAAAAGCAAGGCGAAAAAGAAAGGAGGCAUGACAGGAAAAGAAGGAAGUGCAUCAACGUCACUCCACGAGCAAGGGAAUGUGUCUCUUCAAUGCCCAAAAUUGAAAGAGGCAAAUUACACCCAAUGGGCAAUUAUGAUGGAAACAAUCUUGAAGGCAUAUAGUCUUUGGGAAACAGUUGUUUCAACGGAAGGGAUAAAUGAAAAGAAGGCGCACACAACGAAAGCACUUAUCUUCCAAACGCUACCGGAAGAUGUUUUGAUGCAAGUUGCGCAAUACGAAAAAGCAAAGGAAGUAUGGGAUGCAAUCAAAGUUCGUUAUCUCGGAGCAGAUAUGGUUCAGAAAGCACGUCUACAAACUUUGAGGAGCGAACUGGAAGUUUUAAAGAUGGAUGAGAACGAAACAGUAAGUUGUUUCGCAAGCAAGUUGAGUGGUAUAAAAGCCAAAUUUAAAACUCUCGGUACCACUAUCAAAGACAAGAAACUCGUAAGGAAAUUACUCAUUUCCAUUCCGAAGAAGUUCCUACCCAUCGUGGCAAAUAUCGAACAAUAUUCAGAAAUAGACAAAAUGCCAUUUGAAGAAGCAGUGGGAAGAAUAAUAGCUUUUGAAGAACGUCUCAAAAGUCAAGACAAGCAAGAAGAUAAUAAUCAAGGAGGACUCAUGAUGGCACGUGCAGAUAACCAAUUUGAAAGUUUGCAUCAUGGAAAAGGUCGUGGUGUUCAAAACCAUGGCAGAAGUCAAGGACAAGGAUCUUUCAAAGGAGGAAGAGGACGUGGAAAAGAUAUGGGUCCAAGAAACCAAGACAAGAGCAAGUUCAGAUGUUAUGAUUGUGGAGAACUUGGUCAUUUUGCAAGAGAUUGCACCAAGUGGAAAGAAAAGGAAAAAGACACGCAACAAGAAGCCAAUCUCGCAUUGGAAGAGGAACCAAUGCUACUGCAAGUCAAGCAAGUUGAAGACCUUCAUUAAACUAUAUUUAGUUUAAGGGGGAGUAUUGAUGUUUAAACUAAAUAUAGGGGUCAUUCUGUAAUUUAGUAAGUUAGUUCAUGUACAUAGUUAGAUAGUUUAGAAUAAAUAUUAAAGUAGCGGUUACAAAGUACGAGGACCAAACUUGACAAAGUGAAAGAUGGAAACUUCCCUCAAUAACCGAAUAGGUGUGUCUCUACACACACACCAUUUUCGAACCGGUACAAGGAAAGGAACAAGGAGACGCGACUGUUGAUCAUACGGACGACAUUCAACACACCUCUUCAUGAUUCAAUCUCAACCACACAUCCAAGAGACGUGUCCUUUCACGAAGAGACGCGUCUAUUCACUCGUACCCGUAGGAAACUAUAAAUAGGGUUCAUGUAUGUCAAUUGUAAUCAUCACUUUUCAUUCAAUACAAGCAAGUUUAUUAUUCUCAA